CGACGGAUCGCAUCGCAGCAUCUGGUUACUCCACGCCACGGCCCCGCCACACGCCACGCCACGGCCAGCCUGAGCCAGCCGCGCAGCCGGCCUCGUCUCCCGGCCCCCCCUGCGCCGCACCGCCCAUAGCAACAGCAUCGACCUCGGCCCGGUCCCGUGCCGCUUCGUAGUUCGUCCCCUUCCCAUUCCCCGCGCCCCAGCAGCAGCAGCAGCAGCGGAUUCCCCUCCCCUCGAGAGAUCCGGCCCUUCGCGCGGUCGCCGGAGAGAGCGGCAUGGGGCUCUGGGACUCGCUCCUCAACUGGUUACGGAGCUUGUUUUUUAAGCAAGAAAUGGAACUCUCCCUGGUUGGGUUGCAGAAUGCUGGGAAGACAUCGCUAGUCAAUGCUGUUGCUACAGGUGGCUACAGCGAGGACAUGAUUCCCACUGUAGGCUUCAAUAUGCGGAAAGUCACCAAGGGAAAUGUCACAAUUAAACUUUGGGAUCUUGGUGGGCAGCGGAGAUUCCGCACUAUGUGGGAGCGCUACUGCCGUGGAGUUUCUGCUAUUCUAUAUGUUGUGGACGCUGCUGACAGAGAUAGUGUCCCAAUAGCGAAAAGUGAAUUGCAUGAUCUGCUGACGAAACAGUCUUUAGCUGGAAUUCCUUUGCUUGUCCUCGGCAACAAAAUUGACAAGUCAGAAGCGCUUUCAAAGCAGGCGUUGGUUGAUCAACUCGGACUGGAAUUGAUAAAGGACCGUGAAGUUUGUUGCUACAUGAUCUCCUGUAAGGAUUCUGUGAACAUAGACGUCGUCAUCGACUGGCUUAUCAAGCACUCUAGAACAGCAAAGUAGUCUUUCUGUGUGUUUGUAUCACUUGAUGCACGGUGAUUUGAGUUUAUCUUUGUGAAUCAGCGCUUCCCAGAAUCCUGGUUUCUUUGGUCCAGAUGUUAAAAGCGGCCACCUUGUAAUUUAUGAUCCCUUUGGUGUCACAGACGAAUUGUAUGGUAUCUAGAAGACUAGAACCUUGUAUUCCCUCUGUAAAUCCCCUGAAUCUUUGAUUAUUCUUACUGUGAAUGUCGUCCAGUUUUUUUUUC